CAAAGAAGCACAAAGAAGAAGGGAACAAAAACAAGAAGCAGCGAAGAGGAAUAAAGAAAGAUAAAUACAGACAACGUUAGUAAGAUGCUCAGAUGUGCACGACUCCUUCUGCUUACCUUCCUGUUGACCUUCAACAUCAGCAUCACUUUGGGAGGGAGAGCUGAAUGCAAACAGAAGCAGAUGGACAGUGAGUUGAAGCCGUAUGUGGGUCGAGUGGAUGCAGCAUCCCUGUGUAAGUUAAUGAAGUGUUACAGUCCCGCUGGAUCACAGUGUCAGGUGGUGAAGAAUGGACACAUUCCCAUCCCCAAGUGUGUUUGUCCAACUACCUGCCCUUCGCAGGUGGCACCAGUGUGCAGUGUUGUAGGUAAAACCUACAUCAGUGAGUGUCUCCUGCACAAAGAGUCGUGUCGGAAAAAACGUCGCAUUGGAAAGGCACACAAUGGACCAUGUUUGGAGGUUGGAGUGUGUUCAGAGAAGGAGCUCCGUCAGUUCCCUUACAGGCUGCUUGACUGGUUUUUGUUAAUCAGCAGAAUGGGAAAACAAUACACUGCUGCACACACACCAAACUGCAUCACACACAGAGAGAGAGUACAGCUUGCACAGAGCUGGUUUUCUAUGUUGGAUCGCAAUCAAGAUGGGAAGUUGAGUAUGAAGGACCUAAAGAAGCUUCACUAUAAGAAGAUGCCCCUAGAACAUUGUGCUAAAGCAUUCUUCAGGUCAUGUGACAGGAACAGGAAUAAUAAAGUGACUGUGAGCGAGUGGACUUCCUGUUUGGUGGACCUAUCUGAACAAUGGUUUAAUGAAUACAUGUCAGUGAAAAUGGGUUCCAGGAAACUGUGUGCUCAAGCGCAGCGGCAUCAACACAGAGAACAGAUCUGAAUGGAGAUGGUUUGAUUAUUUCUGUGAUAUUCAUUUAUUUCACUGUAAUCACCUUGAAUAUUCCUGUUUAAUCCGAAUAAUACAAUGAUUUAAAUGUUUAUUCUCCUUUUUACUUGUAAUCAUUUGUUCUCUUUAAUUUUAUCUAUCCUUCUUUUGCUUACACUGUUAUUUCUCUCAGCUCAGGCUGCAUUCAUUCUGUAGUCCCUGGCUGUUUACUGUC